AUGUCGUGGCGUUCGUCUUUCCGCUGCUCGAAGUUUCGCCACGUUUUCGGGAAGCCGUCCACCAAGGAGCACAGCUACGACGGGGUGCCAAUCACACGCAGCGUCCACGACAACCACUACUGCUCGGCCAAUCCCUGCUUCAUUGCUGUGGUGACAGAGUGCGCAGGGGGCGGGUCCUUUUUAGUCCUGCCAAUCCAUCAUACAGGCAGGGUGGACCCUCAGCAUCCCCGGGUGUGCGGUCACAGUGGGAGGGUCCUGGACGUCAAGUGGAACCCGUUCGAUGAUCACUGCAUCGCCUCGUGCUCGGAGGACUGCACUGUGAAGAUCUGGGACGUCCCAGUCUGUGGCGUCCAACAGAACCUCACUAAGGCCAGGAAGACUCUGAUUGGCCACUCGAGGAGGGUGGGGCUUAUUGAGUGGCAUCCAACAGCUGAAAACCUGCUGCUUAGCUCCGCCUACGACUACAAGGUGCUCCUCUGGGAUGUGUCCCAGGUCGGGGCGGUUCUCAGGUACCCAGUCCGGGUGGUUCUGAUGCCUGUCUUCCACCGCUACCCAGCUGAAGCGCUACUGCUGUCCGUCAGCUUCAACACGGACGGCAGCCGACUGGCAGUCGCCUCCAAAGACAGACGGGUUCGAGUCCUGGACCCGCGGACGGGAAAGAUCCUACAGGUGUCCAGCAGUAAGUUCCACAGGGCGAGUAAGGUGUUAUACAUCGGAGGGUUUAAAAUGCUUCUGUCCACCGGCAGCUCGCCCUGGAACCACAGACAAGUCGUCCUCUGGGAUCCUGACGAUUUAUCGGAGCCUUUGUAUGAAGAAGAGUUGGAUGGAUCUGCAGGAGUCCUUUUCCCGUUCUACGACCCAGACACACACAUGCUCUACUUGGCGGGAAAGGGUGAUGGAAACAUUCGGAACUACGAGCUGAGCAAUGAGAAACCCUACAUCAGCUUUUUGACAGAAUACAGAUCUCACCUGCCACAGAAAGGACUCGGGGUGAUGCCAAAGCGUGGCCUGGAUGUGAGCGCCUGUGAGGUUUUUAGAUUUUACCGUCUGAUCGCCAUUAAAGGCCUGGUGGAGCCGCUGUCAAUGAUCGUACCUCGAAAAGAGUCAGGUAUUUUCCAAGAGGAUCUGUACCCGAUGACCGUCGGUAACCAGGCGGCGAUGACAGCACAGGAGUGGCUGAUGGGAAUCAACAGAGGCCCGGUGCUGAUGUCCCUGAGGCCUGAGACCCGAGUAGCCAACCCUUACCCAGAAACCCCUGCAGAGAAGGGGGUAGUGAGGCAGCUGAGGUUCCAAAUGGGUCCUGCUGACGGUUCAGCGUCCGGGACCGACCUGGACUUCAUGGAAGAGGCCUUCUUUGAGGAACAGCUGGCCUACCAGGACGCCAAGUACCCCAGGGAGGGGAGCGAUCUGUCCGGGUGGCAGCCAGACGAGACCCAAAUCCCCCUCUGGACGUACUGCUGCACCCCGCACUGCUGCGAGCCCGCGGAAGGACCUCCGCCGACAACUGAGAGCGAGCUCCUGCAGGCGUUUUACAGACAGCAAGACGAGAUCCGAGGCCUUCGAGAAGAACUAAAUCACAAAGAUGUGAGGAUCGCUCAACUGGAGGUGGAGAUCAAAAACACGAGAAACAACCUGAGGGCGACCUUCUGAUUGGACGCGGCCUUCACAACGCUGCUUUCACACCGACCAACCAGAGUGUUUCCCAACAAUUAAAGAAACACACGUGACGUCUUGACAAGCUUCUCCUUUGGUACCGAAAGAGAAAAAAAUAACGAGGUGGACAAAAAGUUGAGAUUUGAGACGGCAGGAGCAAAAUGUUAAGAUUUUAUUUACAAAGUCCUUUUUGUGUGUUUUUUUUGUUUGUUUUUUUCCUUUAACUUACAGAAAAGUAAAAAAAAAAAAAAAAAAGGUAAAAGAAAACACAAC